AUGAGCAAACAAGCUGAAGUCGGCGCCCUUGGCGAGGUGGUCCCGGAGAGCGCCAGCGACGAUGUCGUUAUGGGCGAGAAGCAGGGAACCUCCAGGGACGUGGAGGAUAUGAAGCGUAUGGGCAAAGAACAAUUGUUCAAGCGUAACUUUGGUUUUUUGUCCAUCUUCGGCUUUGCUAUGAUUCUGAUGCAAACAUGGCAAGCGCUGCUCGGAACUAUUGUCUUUGGUCUGGGUAAUGGUGGAACAGCGGGUUUGAUAUACUUGUACAUCAUCGUCGUGGUCUUUUUCACUCUGGUCAAUGUUUCCAUGGCCGAGAUGGCCUCCAUGGCCCCAACAGCAGGUGGUCAAUAUCACUGGAUCUCCGAGUUUGCGCCUCGAAGCCAGCAGAAGCUUCUUUCGUUCAUCGUUGGCUGGCUCUGUACCCUUGGCUGGCAAAGCGGUGUGUCAAUUGGCUGCUUUUUGGCGGCCACCGAGAUCCAAGGUCUGAUUGUCCUCAACAACGACUCUUACGUCUAUGAGCGAUGGCAUGGAACUCUCCUCACCAUUGCCAUUGUGCUCUUUGUCGCCUUUUUCAACACCUUCCUCGCCAAGCAUCUCCCGCUGGUCGAGGGUAUGGUUCUCUGCUUGCACGUUGGCGGCUUCAUCUGCAUCCUUGUUCCACUGUGGGUUCUUGGCCCUCGUGGAAACUCACACGAGAUCUGGACCGUCUUUGAAGAUGGCGGCAAUUGGGGUUCAACUGGUCUCGCAACCCUUGUCGGUAUCAUCACGCCCGCUACCGCUUUUCUCGGUGCCGAUGCCGCUGUGCACAUGGCCGAGGAGUUGAGGAACGCUUCCAAGACUCUCCCGAGGGUCAUGAUCUGGACUUCCAUUGUCAACGGUGCUCUCGGUUUCAUUAUGCUUGUGACUUUCUGCUAUACUCUCGGCGACCUGGAUAGUGUGCUCUCGACUCCGACCGGCUACCCCUUUAUUCAAGUUUUCUACAAUGCAACCGGUUCCAAGGGCGGUGCCACGGCCAUGUCAUGCAUCCUCGUUCUAUCGGCCGUGGCCAAUGGUAUGACCAACAUGGCUACAGCGUCUCGUCAACUCUUCGCUUUCGCUCGUGACAAGGGUCUACCCUUCCACGGCUGGUUCGCCAAGGUCGACCCUCGGUUCGAGAUUCCAGUCAACGCUGUUCUUUUCACCAUCACCUUCUCGGUCCUGUUCUCCCUCGUCAACAUCGGCUCAACCGUCGCCUUCAACCAAAUUCUGUCGCUUGGUGUUGCGGCCUUGCUGUCCUCAUACUUUAUCUCUAUCUCCUGCGUUAUGUGGCGCCGAGUUCGCAAUCAACCGCUCCUCGACCGAGUUUUUGACCUUGGCCGUUGGGGAGUUCCCGUCAACCUUGCCUCGGUGGCAUUCCUUCUCCUGGCCUUUGUGAUGAGUUUCUUCCCUGGGACGGCCAAUCCGACCCCGCAAACCAUGAACUGGUCUUGCUUGGCAUAUGGAUCUGUGCUCAUUAUUGGAGGUGUUUACUACGUCUUCUGGGCACGACACCAUUACGUCGGACCUGUGGAGUACGUCCGCAAGAGCGCUUAA